AUGAAAAUUCUUUUGUAUCGUCUUCAGGGUGAGAAGGGAGACCGUGGAGAUAAGGGAGAGAGAGGCAGAGACGGCGUGGACGGACGCAAGGGGGAGCCAGGUCGUGACGGGUUAGCUGGGAGAGACGGGAUCAGGGGUCCGGAGGGUCGACCCGGUCCCCCUGGCCCCAGCGGACCCAUUGAUCCCUCUGCACGACUCAAGGGGGAGAAGGGGGAGAGGGGAUUUCCUGGGAUCGAUGGAAGCUCUGGGUUACCGGGGCGACCAGGCUCUCCAGGAAGUGCAGGUGUCCCGGGCUCGCAGGGGCUUCCAGGUGUCAGAGGAGCUCCCGGAGAAUCUGGUUUGCCUGGAGCUGUCGGGUCAAAGGGAGACAAAGGAGAACGGGGAGAACCGGGAUCUGCGGUGUCUGGAGGAGGUUUACCAGGAAGGAAAGGAGAACCAGGCCUCCCGGGAAUAUCAGGAACUCCUGGUCGACCUGGGGUUGCAGGUGACAAAGGAACGGCUGGGUCUCCGGGCACUCCGGGGCAGGAUGGUCGGCCUGGAUUAGCAGGUACACCCGGAAUCUCCAUCAAGGGGGAGAAGGGCAGCGCCGGAGAAAGGGGACCUCCAGGAGUCGGCAGUGGGUCGGCCGUCAAGGGCGACAAGGGCUCCCCAGGUAGCUCAGGACUUCCAGGACCCGCAGGCUCAAAGGGGCAGGCCGGAUCACCAGGCUCCAAGGGUGACAAGGGGGAGGCGGGAGCCGGUCUGCCUGGACCUGCAGGACGACAAGGAGAGCCAGGGGACAGAGGUCCCCGUGGUCCACAAGGGCCGAUUGGCAGUAAGGGAGACCGCGGUCAGCCUGGAGAGCCUGGAUCAGAGGGGGACAGGGGUGAGCGAGGACCAGCUGGAGAGACUGGUGAUAAAGGGCCUCCGGGCAAACCAGGCCCAGCCGGGAUCCAGGGGUUAAGAGGUUUACCGGGACCCAGCGGAGCGGCCGGAGAAAAGGGGAACGACGGCACGCCCGGGGAGCCAGGCCGAGGCAUUCAAGGUUUGCUUGGAAAGAAAGGAGAACAGGGGACUCGGGGGUUGCCUGGUCUGGAUGGGGUGAAGGGAGAGCAAGGAGAGCCAGGAUUAAAAGGACCUCCGGGACUCGCCGGAAAACCGGGAGAAAAGGGGGAGAGGGGGGAGAAAGGCGAGGAUGGCGUCCCGGGCCUUUCCGGAGCGCCGGGACGACCAGGGGAGAAGGGCGAUGGCGGGGAUCCAGGGGAGCAGGGUCAAAAUGGCAGUCCAGGAGUCGCGGGGCCCAGAGGAGAGAGAGGAGAGCAGGGACCUGCAGGACCCGCCGGACCACCGGGGAAAGUGGCUGACGUCCAGGGAGCACUGAAAGGAGAACCCGGAGAGAAGGGCGACGCUGGAGACCCGGGCGAGCACGGAGGCAAAGGCCAGAAAGGAGAAGUGGGACCCCCGGGGCCCGCUGGUCUCAGAGGACCUGAGGGACAGAGGGGGCUUCCCGGAGCGAGAGGUGAUGCAGGAGAAAGAGGAUCCUCAGGAGACAAGGGAGACAGAGGGGCCUCCGGGCUGGACGGUCGGCCUGGUCUGGACGGGAAACUCGGAGCCCCAGGAGCUCCAGGACUGAGGGGAGAUCCGGGGAAACAAGGGGAUCCUGGCCGAGAUGGCUUACCAGGACUGCGUGGGGAGCCUGGACUCACUGGCCCCGCUGGUCCUACUGGUUUGGCCGGAACACCUGGGAAAGCUGGUGAAGAUGGAAAACCAGGUCUCCCAGGAAAACCGGGUGAAGACGGUGAACCGGGAGAAGAUGGAAGAAAGGGCGACAAAGGAGAAGCUGGAGCGGCUGGACGAGAUGGUCGAGAUGGGCUGAAAGGAGACCGUGGCCUGGGUGGACCCUCUGGACCCCCAGGACCUCCAGGGCCUGCAGGGGCGGCUGGAGCUGUGGGGCCUCCCGGACAGGUCGUCUAUGAGAAAGGGACUGUAACUGCUCCGAUCCCGGGUCCUCAGGGGCCUCCAGGAACCCCAGGGGUGCCGGGGAUCCCAGGAGCGGCAGGGCAGCGCGGGGAGCGAGGACCCAUCGGAGCGAAAGGUGAAGCUGGCGACCCGGGAGAAGACGGAGCGCCGGGAAAACCAGGCUCUGCAGUGGACGUACAGAAAGCUCUGGCAGGUCUCGGGAUUCGGGUGUCGGAUCUGAAGGUGGUGGUGGAUCUCCAAACCUCUCGCCCCCCUGAAGUGAAGCCUCAACGAGGGGAGAAAGGAGACAGAGGAGAGCCAGGAGUGAGGGGGCCGGCCGGGGAAGACGGCGCUCGCGGCACCCCUGGGGACAGAGGCGCUAAAGGGGAGCAGGGGGAGCGAGGACCGGCUGGAGCCACAGGAGCCACAGGCAGAGCCAUUGGGGAGCGUGGACCUGAAGGACCAACAGGACCCGCCGGGGAACCAGGAAAACCCGGUAUCCCUGGAGUCCCAGGACGGGCCGGAGAGCUGGGGGAAGCUGGGAGACCGGGGGAAAAGGGCGACAAAGGCGACAAAGGGGAGCGAGGUGAAGCGGGAAAAGGUGGGUUAACUGGACCAGCUGGCCCUCCUGGUCAAAAGGGGGCUUCUGCUGAGGCUGUUGUGGCCGGGGCCCCAGGUUUGAGAGGUCCUCCAGGUGCGGUGGGACUGAAGGGAGAGGCGGGGUCAGUGGGACUGCCAGGACCCAAAGGGGACCAGGGUUUUGCCGGAACUCCAGGAAACAAAGGCGACCGAGGAGAAGCGGGAGAGCGAGGACGUGACGGAGCACAGGGAAUCCCAGGAGAUCCAGGUAAACCGGGCCAGGAAGGGAAACCGGGCCUGCCUGGGUUCCCUGGAGUGCUGGGCAGACCGGGAAACCCCGGAGAAACAGGCAUCAGGGGCCCGACCGGUCCUAUGGGUCCCAACGGUCCUCCUGGAGCGCCAGGUGUGAAGGGGACUCAGGGAGAGCCGGGUGUGGGCGUCAAGGGGCCCCCCGGCGCCCAGGGGAGCACGGGUCUGCCGGGACCUGCCGGACCUCCUGGAGCUGUGGGUCCACAGGGGCCGCCGGGACUGUCUGGGCAGGUGGGUGAAGCCGGUAAACCAGGGGUGCCAGGUCGAGACGGCGUCCCGGGUAAAGAAGGGAUCCCAGGGCUUCCUGGAAAACAGGGCAUCCCAGGACCUCCAGGGCUGGCAGGUCUGAAGGGAGAGCAGGGAGACAGCGGUCCCCCAGGAAAGGCUGUCGCUGGACCCGCGGGACCCAAGGGAGAGCGGGGUCCGGCCGGUCAGACUCUGGCCGGUCCAAGAGGAGACGCAGGGUCACCUGGAGAAAAGGGUGAUAGAGGAGACAGAGGAGCCCCCGGCGGAAAAGGGGAACGAGGUGUGGUGGGAGAACCUGGAGAAGCCGGGGAGGCUGGAGCGCAAGGUUCUCCGGGGCCCAAAGGAGAUAAGGGAGAGAAAGGCUUAGGACUCGCUGGCCCACCUGGACGCAUCGGGCCUCCAGGCUUAAAAGGAGAUCCAGGUCUCCCCGGUCCGGCUGGUCCCCCAGGUCUUCAGGGGAAAUCCGGAGAUAACGGCGUUCCAGGAGUCAGAGGAGAGAACGGAGCUCCAGGACCUCCGGGACCCUUAGGAGAACGGGGUCUUCAAGGUUUUGCUGGUCGACCAGGAAACCCGGGAGCUGCAGGUCCAGCUGGUCCUGCAGGAGAAACCGGAGACACUGUUCUGGUUGGAGGACCUCAGGGCGAAAAGGGCAACAAAGGAGAGCAAGGCGAUCGUGGACCAAAGUGGAAUCCAGGGAGAAAAGGGUCUGAAGGUCAGGACGGUCCCGCAGGAGAACAGGCCUCAGAGGAGAGCCGGGAAAGCGGCUCGACUGUUUCCCUGGAGCUCGCGGCCCGGUGA